GUGUUUUUGUCCAUCAUGAUGCUGUUGCUGACCAUCCAGUUCCUCUUUGCCGGGUUGGUUCUCAUCAGCGACGUCAGUCCGACGCCUGAAGAUUGUCAACACCUGGUCAAACCCCUGUCUCUAAAGGACUUCUCCAUGUUCAGUGGUACAUGGUAUUUCAUCGAAGGAUUCACUGAUAGUCCACCUUUCAAAUCCAUUCUGAAGGUGCUUGAAACGACCAUGCUCAAAAUGGUUCCAACACCCAGAAAUGCAGCCGUACUACGACUCAUUGAAGAGAACAAAUUCAAUGGAACCUGCUAUGGAUCAAAAUUCAACAUAACCAUUUACCAUGAUACCGCAAUGACAAAAACAGGAACAAUAGAAACAGUUUUCCACUUGCUGCCGACCUGCAGUGACUGUUUGCUCUUCAGCAUAAAUACCACCGGCACCGGAUUCGACAAGAUCCAGAAGAUGCUUGGUCUUCCAGUCACCGUUGGAGAUGAGGAGAUUCACGCACGCGCCUUUUACCUCAUGUCCCAAAAGACGUCUGUGAAGGAGGAGGACCUGCAACAUUUCAAGAAGCAGGCGGCCUGUGCCGGCUUCUCUGGAGACUCAGACUAUCAGUACGACAGCAGUAAAGAAUUCUGCGCUGAAGAUGAAGGCCAAGAGAUUACGUUCUGACCAUAAAGCCCAUAGGUGUCAUCAGAAAGUCAUUCUCCAAGAAUAAAAGUGACAAAGUAAAAACAU